AUGGCGGACCGCAAAGCAGUCAUCAAGAACGCCGACAUGGCCGAGGACAUGCAGCAGGACGCGAUCGACUGCGCGACGCAGGCGCUGGAGAAAUACAACAUCGAGAAGGACAUCGCAGCGUUCAUCAAGAAAGAGUUCGACAAGAAGUACAACCCGACUUGGCACGCCAUCGUGGGCCGUAAUUUUGGCUCGUACGUGACGCACGAGACGAAACACUUCAUCUAUUUUUACUUGGGCCAGGUUGCGUGCUCCAGGCUCUGCCUCUCGACGUGGCUCGCGACCGCUCGAGGUCGUCCAAGGUAUUCGAUAGGAGGCGAGGGCUCCAACAAGAGCUUGGUGUGCGCGGCGCUGUGGGCGUACGACCGGGCUGAGAAGGCGGGCUGCCAGGUCCCGACUGUCUGCCCGCGCUGUGGCCGGCCAGGUGAGCCGCUGACGUGGAUACGUCUGACUUUCUGGAUGUGA